CACGUGCGGACCCAGUACGUGGCCCUGCUGCAGCACAGCCACGGGGUCCUCUCCCGUGGGAAGAGGUUCAGCCAGAAAUUCCGAGAGGUGGCUGGCAGGCUCCUGACAUCCGAGGCCUCCACGCACCUGCUGGCGUUCAGCAUGGAGCAGAGGCUGCCGCCCAACAGCGAGCUGGUGCAGGCUGUGCUGCGGCUUUUCCAGGAGCCGGUCCCCAAGGCCACGCUCCACAAGCACGAGCGGCUUUUCCCACGCAGCGCCCGGGCCCGGGUCACCGUCGAGUGGCUGCGUGUGCGCAACGACGGUGCCAACCGCACGUCCCUCAUCGACUCCAGGCUGGUGUCCCUCCACGAGAGUGGCUGGAAGGCCUUCGACGUGACCGAGGCAGUGAGCCUCUGGCAGCAG